AUGUCUCAGGGCUGCUUUGACAAGGCCAUGGAGGCACAGAUGCCUCAGCCCUCACUGCUGUAUUUUAGUGGGCGCUAUGGUGAUCUGAUAACAUACAGUAUAUUUUGGAAGUCUCAGCAGCAGCAGACAAAUCAAAACCAGGAAAUCAUCUUUGGUGGAGACUCCCAAAUCACUAUCACCGGUAUCUCACAAAGCGUAAAGAUCAAUAGCCAGACAAGAGUGGCAAUCAUUGAGCAAAAGAGCAAAAAUUUAUCAUGGAAAACGAUCUGGAACUACAACACGGGUGUCAUUGCAACCAAAGUCACACAACAGAACACCUGCUACAUUUCCAUCAUGAACAGAACUGACAUGCCAAGCUUUGAUAAUCUGGCCCGACUGGCAGCAGAGAGCAGGAACCUGCUCGGUCUUGGAAGGCCGACCAAGAAGAUCACCUUUGUCACCAAUGGAUUGGUCAACAACCUCAACUCCUACGGAAUAGACAUCACCGCUAUGUGCAGCGGACUCACCACCUACAUGGCUUACGAAGUUCACAGCCUCCAAGGAAAUCUGGGAUCAUGCGUAACCCUCAAUAUCUUGCAAGCUCUCGAUCUGAAGUACUGCAAUACCAAUGGUCAGUCUCAGCAGAUUCCAGGCAUCAUCCUCAACAACACACAAGUCAUCAUUGGUGGCCAGUCCCAAAUUGUGACCAUCAACAGGCAAUGGCACGUGGCAAUCAUUGAGCAAAUGACUGGCAGCUUCUCCUGGAAAACCAUCUGGAACUACAACACGGGCGUCAUUGCAACCAAAGUCACGCAACAGAACACCUGCUACAUUUCCAUCAUGAACAGAAGCGAGAUGCCCCGCUUUGACAAUCUGGAGCGCCUGGCACAAGAGAGCAGGAACCUGCUCGGUCUUGGAAGGCCGACCAAGAAGAUCACCUUUGUCACCAAUGGAUUGGUCAACAACCUCAACUCCUACGGAAUAGACAUCACCGCUAUGUGCAGCGGACUCACCACCUACAUGGCUUACGAAGUUCACAGACCCCAGGUGCCUCUGGGAUCAUGCAUUACCCUCGAUGUCCUGAGAGCUGUGGAGCUGAAGUACUGCAUUGGCAAUGGCAGUUCUCAGCAGAUUCCAGGCAUCAUCCUCAACAACACACAAGUCAUCAUUGGUGGCCAGUCCCAAAUUGUGACCAUCAACAGGCAAUGGCACGUGGCAAUCAUUGAGCAAAUGACUGGCAGCUUCUCCUGGAAAACCAUCUGGAACUACAACACGGGCGUCAUUGCAACCAAAGUCACGCAACAGAACACCUGCUACAUUUCCAUCAUGAACAGAAGCGAGAUGCCCCGCUUUGACAAUCUGGCGCGCCUGGCACAAGAGAGCAGGAACCUGCUCGGUCUUGGAAGGCCGACCAAGAAGAUCACCUUUGUCACCAAUGGAUUGGUCAACAACCUCAACUCCUACGGAAUAGACAUCACCGCUAUGUGCAGCGGACUCACCACCUACAUGGCUUACGAAGUUCACAGACCCCAGGUGCCUCUGGGCCCAUGCAUUACCCUCGAUGUCCUGAGAGCUGUGGAGCUUCAGUACUGCAAUGGCAAUGGCAAUUGGAAUGGCAACUGGAAUGGCAACUGGAAUGGCAACUGGAAUGGCAACUGGAAUGGCAAUUGGAAUGGCAAUGGCAACUGGAACGGCAAUUGGAAUGGUGGUAACAAUUGGAAUGGCAAUGGCAAUUGGAAUGGCGGUAACAACUGGAAUGGCGGCAACAAUUGGAAUGGCAAUGGCAAUUGGAAUGGCGGUAACAACUGGAAUGGCGAGCUGCUGCCCAAUGCCAACCCUGAUGCCCUCCUUGCCUGGCAUCUCCUCAUCGACAGCUUCCUGCUGGAGGCUGCAGAUGCUUCAAAAGAGCAAUGGUCUCAGCAGAUUCCAGGCAUCAUCCUCAACAACACACAAGUCAUCAUUGGUGGCCAGUCCCAAAUUGUGACCAUCAACAGGCAAUGGCACGUGGCAAUCAUUGAGCAAAUGACUGGCAGCUUCUCCUGGAAAACCAUCUGGAACUACAACACGGGCGUCAUUGCAACCAAAGUCACGCAACAGAACACCUGCUACAUUUCCAUCAUGAACAGAAGCGAGACGCCCCGCUUUGACAAUCUGGCGCGCCUGGCACAAGAGAGCAGGAACCUGCUCGGUCUUGGAAGGCCGACCAAGAAGAUCACCUUUGUCACCAAUGGAUUGGUCAACAACCUCAACUCCUACGGAAUAGACAUCACCGCUAUGUGCAGCGGACUCACCACCUACAUGGCUUACGAAGUUCACAGCAACCACCAGACCCUUGUGCUUCACAAUAUUAAGCCAUGUGGCUUCGAUCCUUGUAGGUUUAUCCUUAAGAACUUAAAUGACUUCCAGUUGGUAGGAGUCUUUCUGAAUAUCAUAGCCCAUGUGUCUGGGCCCAUGAACUGGCAGCAGCCUCAAUGUGCAAUGCCCAUCCUUCGGGACUCUCAAGAGCCAGUGCAAUAG